AUGCAAACACUUGGUAACAAACGCGAAGAAGCAGUGGCUUAUGAAAGAAUUGGAAGUGUGCGUAUGAGCGAAUAUAAGAAGGCUAAAGAGCGUUACGAGAAAGCACUUCCCAUUGCUAUAGAAAUUGGCGACAGAAAAGAAAAAGAACAACAAACAGGAACCUCGGAACUGUCUAUGAAUCCCUUGGCGAAUAUCAGAAGGCUAAAGAAUAUUGCCAAAAAGCACUCGCCAUCGCAAAAGAAAUUGGCGAUAGAAAAUUAGAAGGAGAGAUUGACGCGAAACUCGGAGCUGUGUUUCAUUCCGCUGCCGAAAAUCAGAAGGCUAUGGAAUAUUGCGAGAGAGCACUUGCCAUUGCGAUAGAAAUUGGCGACAGACAAGCCGAAGGAAAAAGAAACGGGGACCUCGGAACUGUGUUUCAUUCCCUGGGCGAAUAUCAGAAGGCUAAAGAAUGUUUCGAGAAAACACUUGCCAUUGCGAUAGAAAUUGGCGACAGAAAAAAAGAAGGAACAACAAACGGGAACCUCGGAACUGUCUAUGAAUCUCUUGGCGAAUAUCAGAAGGCUAAAGAAUAUUGCGAAAAGGCGCUCGCCAUCGCAAAAAAAAUUGGCGACAGAAAAUUAGAAGGAGCAAUUGACGCGAAACUCGGAGCUGUGUUUCAUUCCACUGCCGAAAAUCAGAAGGCUGUGGAAUACCUCGGAACUGUGUUUCGUUCCCUGGGCGAAUAUCAGAAGGCUAAAGAAUGUUACGAGAAAGCGCUUGUCAUUGCGACAGAAAUUGGCGACAGAAAAGGAGAAGGUAAAUCAAACGGGAACCUCGGAGUGGUCUGGAAAUUCUUGGCGAAUAUCAGAAGGCUAAAGAAUAUUGCGAAAAAGCACUCGCCAUCGCUAAAGAAAUUGGCGACAGACGAGACGAAGGCAACAUUUUAGGGAAUUUCGGAAUUGUCUUUGCAUCCCUAGGCGAAUAUCAAAUGGCUAAAGAAUAUUACGAGAAAGCACUUGCCAUUAGGACAGAAACCGGCGAGGGAAAAGGAAGAGAAUACUCGAGUCUUGAGACUGUUUAUUUUCAGCUUCGAAAAAAUCGGCAGGCUAAAGACUAUUUGGACAAGGCAGUCAGCAUCAGUAUAGCAAGUGGUAACAGAAGACUAGAAGCCCAAGCUACAGGAAGUUUGGCAGUUGCUUUUGCUGCUGUGAAUGACAAUCAGAAAGCAGAAGAACAUCUUGUGAAAGCCCUCACCAUCAUCAGAGAAUAUGGCCCUAGAAGCGCCGAAGGAAACAUUUAUUUAAGCCUUGGCAAUAUUUACCAUAGCCUUGGUGAAUUUAGCAAGGCAGAAGAUUGUUUAGAGAAAGCCUAUUCCAUAUGCAGCCAAAUCGUUGACAAGAUGCUUGAGUUUAAAAGCCUUCUUAAUAUUUCUUUAUUAAAGAUAUCGCAGUCAGAGGCUGUGAAGGCGAUGGAAUAUCUUCUUCAAUGUAUUGCAAAAUGCGAGCACAUCAGAUCUAUUCUGAUGAAGGAAACAGUGAAUUUAAAAUGUCUUUGUUAGAGGAACACGGUACUUUUCCCUACAAUUUACUCACUGACUCGCUUCGCAGUAUUGGAAAAUUUGGAGAUGCUCUCUAUGUUGAGGAACUGGGACGAGCAAGAGUCCUCGCAGAAUUAAUGGCAGAAAAGUACUCCGUGGAAAGCCACAUCUCAGCUGAUCCACAAUCAUGAUUCGGGAUUGAAAACAUCGUUAGGAGAGAAAGUAACUGUGUUUUCCUGUAUAUUGCGGCAGAAAGCGGAAAGUUCUUCUCUGGGUAUUGAAAGAAAAUGGAGACACUUGCUUUCGAAACACAAACGAAGUGGAAGUAGACACUGUUAUUGACGAGCAAGUUUGCGAUGUGGAAGGAAUUUUCAAAAAGAGCGCCGCUGGCUUUGGUGUUCUACCCAAAGCGAACUGCGAAGAUCGAUCUUUGGAUGACAACGUGACGACAUCUCUUCAUAAAGAGAGCCGGGCAUAUUUGCAAGGUAAAAAAACCAAAGAUACCGAAAGAAUUCAUGAUUUGUGCUACAAAUGGAUCGUCGCACCUGUGGAAGACUUACUUACAGAGCCUGAAAUCGUCAUUGUGCCGUAUCGUUUUUCGUACCGAGUCCCAUUUGCUGCCUUGCGUGAUGAAUCUGCCGGAAGAUAUUUAUCGGAGAAGUACAGAGUCCGUAUCGUCCCUUCAGUGACGACUCUCCGAAUCAUUCAAGAAUGUCCAGCGGACUAUCACAGUCUAACUGAUGCACUGGUUGCGGGUGAUCCUACGGUUAGCAAAGUGCUUUACAAUGGACGUCUCACUGACAUUACACCAUUGUUCUAUGCAAGAAAGGAAGCAGAGAUGGUUGGUGAACUGCUGGGCGUUCAGCCUUUGUUAGGAAGUCGCGCAACAAAGCUGGCAGUACUUCAAGCGAUACCUUCCGAAAGUCUGAUACAUCUUGUCGCACAUGGAAAUGCCGAAAGAGGAGAGAUUGCUCUCUCUCCUCAACGUGCUUCUAACGAUACUCCUCAAGAGGAAGACUACUUCCUGACCAUGUCCGAAAUUCUAGGAGUUCAAGUGCGAGCUAAACUGGUAGUACUCAGCUGUUGUCACAGUGGGCGUGGAUUGGUUAAAAAGGAAGGAGUCCUUGGAAUCGCUCGUGCAUUCUUAGCAUCCGGUGCACGUUCAGUGUUGGUAGCAUCGUGGGCUAUAGAAGACGAAGCGACGGCGAAGCUCAUGAAGCAUUUCUACAAACACCUUGUGGGUGGAGAAAGUGCCAGUGAAUCUCUUCACAAGGUCGUUCAAUGGUUGAGAAGCAAUGGCUAUUCUAAACCUUCCCAAUGGGCUCCGUUUGUGCUGAUGGGGGAUAACGUGACAUUUGAUUUUACGAAAAAAGGGUAA